AUGAGGAGAGGUGGGUUUGCACUUAAACACAUUGAAUCAUCCACAUUUGUUGUAGAAUAUCGUGGAAUACUGUGCCAAAGUAAAUAUGUUGAUGACAUUAAAGGCAACUACUUGUUCGAUUUCACAUGGAAUGGAGCACAUUAUUGCAUAGAUGCUUCAAAAGAGGAUGGAUCGCUAGGACGACUGGUGAACGAUGAUCACAAAAAUCCAAACUGCAAAGUCAAGACGGUUGUUGUUGAGGGAAAGCCGCACCUGUGUCUAUUUAGUCUAAGAGACAUUUGUCCAGAUGAAGAAAUUACUUACAAUUAUGGGGAUUCCUCUUGGCCCUGGCGUUCAGUAGAAUUGUGUGAUGAGAUAUCGGUGGCCGUAGAUGAAUCCAUUGAGGGUCCUUCCUCAUCAAGAAAAGAGAAAGAAUUGUGUGAUGAGAUAUCGGUGGCCGUAGAUGAAUCCAUUGAGGGUCCUUCCUCAUCAGGAAAAGAGAAAGAAUUGUGUGAUGAGAUAUCGGUGGCCGUAGAUGAAUCCAUUGAGGGUCCUUCCUCAUCAAGAAAAGAGAAAUGCCAUCAUGAAGUUCAUUGCGCAGUAAUAUCCAGUUUGGAUUCUUGUGUAAAUUGCAGUGGACCCGUUUCUAGUCGAAAAUGGCUUGGCUUAACAUGCAAAUUGUGUUCAAGAUCAUGGCACAAAACCUGCUUCAUGAAGAAUGAGAAAUCGAUGGAUGUUACAUUUUCCAGUUCUGAAGAAAGCAGUUCUGAUGAAGAGUAUACUCCUCACGCUGAAAACAGCAUUGAUGAAUCCUCUGAUGAAUUCAUCCCAGAUUCAAGACAAAACAGCGACAGUCUAACUAUCAAUACAAGGAAUCCACCAUAUUGUAAGACCACUCAACUAUUUUCAGAGUCUAAGAAGGCAGAGAGUGUGUCUCAACCCACUCACUGUUCAUCCACUGAGCAAGAUAUGGUUAGUGACAAAUCCAGCUCUGCUCAAGAUCUCGUAUGUAAUGAUCACGACACUACCACAAGGAAUAUGGAGAUGCUUCAGAGUUUUAAGAAAACACCAAAAGAGUCUUGUGAUAAACAGUCAAACCUCAAAGACACUUUUUCCACCCACAAAAAUUACUGUUAUGUGUGCAAGAAACCUCAGUCUAAAAUUGCCCGUCACUUUAAAAAGCAUGAAGACAGUGAAACGGAAAUUGCGGCUGCAUUUCUGCUUCCUAAACACUCCAAGGACAGAAAAAGGUUACUUGAGAAGCUUCGAAACAGAGGCAACUAUGAACAUAAUCAAGAGGUUAUGGCGAAUAAGAGUGGACCACUGAAGGUUAGAAGACGACCAGUAAGAUCCGAGAUCGAAUUGAGUACCAAAACAUACGUGCACUGCAUAUACUGUAAAGGCCUGUUUGUUCGCAAGGAGUUGUGGCGCCAUACACGGAGAUGUUCUUCAAAGAUUUGUUCCGAGUCUGAAGCAACUGGUAAGGCUAAAGUUCUAGUUUUGGCUGAUAUUGCAGAGUCAACAUUCUCUCAAGCAAUCUCUCCUGAAGUGUGGAAAAUCUUGGGAAAUAUGAAGAAUGAUGACAUUUCAUCUGUUGUUCGAAAUGAUUUUCUCAUACUGCAGUUGAGUCAGAGUCUUUACAACAAACAUGGAAGUGAUCCAACAAAAUUUGAAUACAUCAGACAGAAGGUACGGGAAGUGGGCAGACUCUUGCUAAGCAUGAAAAAAAAAUUCUCCAUACUUAGCUUUGAAGAUGCUUUGAAGCCAAACAAUUUUUACAAAGUCAUUGAGGCCGUGAAAGAUGUUGCUGGUUAUGAAGAAAAGAGCCACUCAUAUAAGACACCAAGUCUUGCGCUAAAGUUAGGACAUUCACUUAACAAAAUUGCUGACAUCAUUCUCUGCAGGGCCAUCGCAGGAGAGGAUGAUGCUCUGACGAAAGCAGCAGAGCGAUUCAAAAGACUUUGCUCAAGUGAAUGGGCAGAACAUGUCUCCCAUGCUGCUCUUGCUACUUUAAGCAAAUCAAAGUUCAACAAACCAUCUACCAUACCAUUCACACAUGAUGUGCAGCUUCUCCACCAGUGCCUAGAGAAGAAAUCAGCUGAUGCUUUUGAAAACCUGAAAAACCAAGAGUCUUCACAGGCAUACGCAGAACUCGCCAAAGUGACACUGGCACAAGUAAUCAUCUUUAACCGGCGUCGUGCAGGAGAAGUUUCAAAAAUGACACUUGAGUGUUUUAUGAAAAGAGACCAAACUGAGCUCCACGAGGACAUAGCUCUUGGUCUGUCUCCGUUUGAGCAAAAAAUGUCCAAGCAUUUUAGCAGAGUAGAAAUAAUGGGCAAAAAAGGGAGAAAAGUUGCUGUUCUGCUAAGCCCUGAUCUUGUUGGAGCAAUACAACUUCUUGUGGACAAGAGAGAUUCAUGUGAAGUAGAUGGGGACAACCCCUUUCUAUUUGCAAGACCAAAGUGUUCAGCCACCAGUUUCUUCAGGGGACAAGACUGCAUCAGGCUUUUUGCAAAUCAGUGUGGUGCCCAGAACGCUGAAUAUCUCAGAUCUACACAACUUCGUAAGCAGGUUGCAACAAUGUCCCAGAUUCUUAAUCUUAAGGAUAAUGAGCUGGAUCAGCUUGCCAACUUUUUGGGCCAUGACAUUCGGGUCCAUAGAGACUAUUAUCGGUUGCCAGAUGCAACUAUAGAAAUUGCAAAAAUCUCAAAGCUGCUUCUGGCAAUGGAGAAAGGAACCCUUGCAAGUUUCCAAGGAAAGUCUCUUAGUGAAAUUGAGAUUGAAGAUGAAAUUGAUCCUGAAUUAGACGACGAAGAAGAAAGUGAUGAAGACGGCGAAGAAUCGGAUUCUCUCCAUAGAGUAAAUGGAAACAAAAAGAGGGUGGACCAUGUAAAGUCGACCCAGGAUGAGGAGAUUGAAAGUUCCAACGGAAAACAAAAAAUGUCCCCCAAUGAACCAGUCAGCUCCACAGGAAAACGAAAAAUGCCCCCAAAUGAGCCUGUCAGCUCCACAGGAAAACGAAAAAUGCCCCCAAAUGACCCUGUCAGCUCCACAGAUGCCAAAUCAAGGAGAAUUGUGAAAAGGCCAUGGACUGCUAAUGAAGUGAAUGCCGUUAUGAAACAUUUUAAAGUCCAUAUUUCAAAGGGACAUCUCGCAACAAAGGCAGAGUGUGAGCAGUGCAAGGCUGCAGAGGACCCUGUGCUAGCAGAAAGAACUGUACAAAACAUAAGGGAUUUCGUGAGGAACCGAGGUUUGAUGUUGAAAAAAAAUAGUUCUUAGACAGAUCAUGGUCACCUUCUUUUAAGGUUUGUUGCUUUUGUUACUGUUAAGUUUACAAGUUAAAUGACUGGCUGACUAUUGUUCUCUUGUUAAAACUUUAAAAUCUCUCAUUUCCAUAGUUAAACCCAGAUCGUCCUUACAAUACUAUUUACAUAUUUACAUACACACACCUAACUAACACCCGAUUGAGAAGAAGAUUUGGGUUAGCUAGAUAUCAUUCACAUAUACGCACCUCGGAAACACUUAAUUCCUGUCCAUGUUAAACCAAAAUUGUCCUCAUAAUCAGGUAUUACUUAGGUGUGUGUGUGUGUGUGAAUGUACGUGAUUGAUGUCCAGUUAAACCCAAAUUGUCCUCACAAUUAGGUGUUACUAAGGUGUGUAUGUGAUUGUCCAUGUAAACCCGAAUUGUCCUCACAAUUAAGUGUUAUGGAGUUGUGUGUGUGUGUGUGUGUGUAUGUGAAUGAUGUCCAGGUAAACCCAAAUUGUCCUCACAAUUCAGUGUUACUAAGGUGUGUGUAUAUGUGAUUGUCCAUGUAAACCCGAAUUGUCCUCACAAUUAAGUGUUACUGAGUUGUGUGUGUGUGUAUGUGAAUGAUGUCCAGGUAAACCCAAAUUGUCCUCACAAUUAAGUGUUACUAAGGUGUGUGUGUAUAUGUGAUUGUCCAUGUAAACCCGAAUUGUCCUCACAAUUAAGUGUUACUGAGUUGUGUGUGUGUGUGUGUAUGUGAAUGAUGUCCAGGUAAACCCAAAUUGUCCUCACAAUUAAGUGUUACUAAGGUGUGUGUGUAUAUGUGAUUGUCCAUGUAAACCCGAAUUGUCCUCACAAUUAAGUGUUACUGAGUUGUGUGUGUGUGUAUGUGAAUGAGGUCCAGUUAAACCCAAAUUGUCCUC